AUGUCAGGAAAUUUCUUCCCCGAUGUUUAUAUCAUGAAAGGUACAGCGGGUCGUCCGAGGAAGCGUUCCCAGGACACAGGCGAUGCCGCACCAUCCACGGGACACAGCCGCCCGGGUCCGGGGCCCGAGGCCGGGGUCGCGGGUCGCGGGCCGCGGCCGGCUUGUGUUUCUCCAGUGUGCGUGUUACUGCAGCUCUCCUCCACCGGCGGUAAUUUGAUUGGGCCCGAGCUGUCACCUAUGCGCCACAGUCGCCCGGCCGUCGCUUGCCGGCUAUCGAUUAGAGCACCCCCUGCCCCUCCGCCCCCGGGCCGCCGUGUAGCCCCCUCCUCACCCCUCAGUCGCCCGCGAACCGGAUCUCGUCACGCCGCCAUUGUGUACCGCGACGCUUAA